CACAAAGAUUGCCAGCACAACCACUGAGGCUACAACCACCACGGCACCACUGCUCCCUCUACAGAACCUACAACCACCACAACCACCAGUACUCUCUCAAUCGAACCUACAACCACCACAGCAGUCACCACAUCAUCAGUACCAACUCUCACAACAAUUGCUGGCACUGCUGCUGAGUCUACAACCACCACAGAUACCACUAUAACUUCUGUGGAACUUAUAACCGCUGUGGCCACCACUGUAACUUCUACUGAACCUAAAACUACCAUGGUCACUACUACAACUUCUAUGGAACCUACAACCACAGUGGCCACCAUUACAACCUCUACUGAACCUACAACCACCAUGGCCAUGACUACAACUUCUAGCAAACCCACAACCACAAUGGCCACCGCUCUUGUCUCUAGUGAACCUAUAGCUACCACAGCAGCUGCCUCAGCAUCUGAACUGACCACCACAGUAACUGCCAGCACUACCAAUGAGGCUACAAGCACCACAGACACCACUAUAACUUCUGUUGAACCUACAACCACCAUGGCCACCACUACUGUUUCUACCAAACUUACCACCACAACAGCAGCCGCCACAGCAUCUGAACCGACCACCACAAUAACUGCUAGCACUACCCCUGAGUCUACAACCACCACAGAUACCACUAAAACUUCUAUGGAACUUAAAACCACUGCGGCCACCACUGUAACUUCUACUGAACCUAAAACCACCAUGGUCACUACUACAACUUCUACAGAACCUACCACCACAGUGGCCACCAUUACAACCUCUACCAAACCUACAACCACCACAACCACCACUAUUGUUUCUACUGAACCUAUAACCACCACAGCCGCCACCACAACAUCAGAACCCACUACCACAAUAAUUGCCAGCACUACCAAUGAGGCUACAACCACUACAGAUACAACUACAACUUCUACUGAACCUACAACCCCCACAGCCACCACUAUAACUUCUACUGAAGGUACAACCACCAUGGCCACCACUACAACUUCUACCAAACCUGCAACCACCAGGGCCACCACUAUCACUUCUACCAAAUCUAUAGCCACCUUGGCCACCACUCCAACCUCCACUGAACCUACAACCACCAUGGCCACCACUUCAUCUGAACCUACAACAACCACUACAGCCACCACUUCAUCAGAACUGACUACCAUAAUAACUUCCAGCACUACCACUGAGGCUAUAACCACUAAAGCCACUACUACAACUUCUACUGAACCUACAACCACCACAGCCACCACUAUUUUCUCUACCGAAUUUGCCGCCACAACAGCAUCUGAACCAACCACCACAAUAACUGCCAGCACUACCACUGAGGCUACAACUACUGCAGACACCAGCAUAACUUCCACCAACCAAAAACCCCCACAGCCACCACAGCCACCACUAUAA